UGUCAAGACUGCGGGGAUGCUUGCGGGUGCUCUCCGGAUGCUUGGACCAUGUAGAGGAUUGGUUUAAGGCCCCACGGUUUACAGGUGGGGCCACAGUAUGAGCGAGGUGCUGGUGAAGGAACUGGUGGCCAACACAGUCUACCUCAGGGCUCAGCAGCUGGACCAGAAUGAGCUGCUAAAGGAGAGACUUUCCCUCAAACUGCCCCUGCCGAAGAGCUUCUCAACUCUGCAGGAAGCAGAUGGAAAGCAGUACGAGUCACUUUGUGAGCAGCAGCCCAUCGGCAGGGAGUUGUUCCGGCAGUUUCUCCUCAGUUGUAACCCCCAGUAUGCCGCCGCCGUUAAGUUCCUGGACGAGCUGGGAGAAAGCCACUUUGCCGAAGACGACGUUGAAGAAAACGCCAGGCGGGACCUCAUGGCUAAGUUCUGUAACCCUGAAUCCAGGAGCUUUCUGUCUUUUCUCAAAGAAGACGCUGGGGAUACAAGCAAGCGCAUAUCAAACUACAUUUUCGACGAGUCCUCGGUGAGCCACAUGAGAGAAGCCACAAGAGACUUCCUGCGAGGAAAACCUUUCUCGGAGUACCUGAGGAGUCCGUUCUUUUUCAGGUUUCUGCAGUGGAAGGAGUAUGAGCGACAGAAGAUUAGUGAUAAAUACUUUCGUGAGUUUCGGACAUUGGGGAAAGGUGGUUUUGGUGAGGUGUGUGCAGUGCAGGUGAAGACCACAGGAAAGAUGUACGCCUGCAAGAAGCUGGAAAAGAAACGCUUGAAGAAGAAAUGUGGCGAGAGGUUGGCCCUUCAGGAGAAGAAGAUCCUGGAGAAGGUUAACAGUCUUUUCAUUGUCAACCUGGCCUACGCCUACGAUAACAACACCCACUUGUGCCUGGUCAUGGACCUGAUGAAUGGAGGAGACCUCAGGUUCCACAUCUACGAACUCGGAGAGCGCGGUCUCCGCAUGGACCGCGUGGUUUACUACGCAGCUCAGAUGACCAUGGGCCUCCUUCACCUGCACUCCAUGAACAUCGUCUAUCGUGAUUUGAAGCCGGAGAACGUGCUGCUGGACGCUUAUGGCCAUUGUAAACUAUCUGAUCUCGGAUUGGCUGUCGAGCUGCCAAAUGGGAAAACCAUCUGCCAAAAGGCCGGUACAACCGGUUACAUGGCCCCCGAGAUCCUGAGGGAACAGUACUACAGUACAUCCGUGGACUGGUGGGCCCUGGGUUGCAGCAUCUACGAGAUGGUGGCCGCUCGCCUGCCUUUUCGAGAUUUCCGCGAAAAGGUGCAGAAGAGCGAGGUGACCCGCCGCACGCUUGAAGACCUGUGCAAGUUUCAUCACAAAGGAUUCGAUCCAGCUAGCAAAGACAUCAUCUGUUGCCUCCUUAAGAAAAAAGUAGCACAUCGCCUUGGAUGCCACAAAGAUGAUGACCCACGAAAACACCAAUUUUUCAAGAGCAUUAACUUUCCUCUCCUGGAGGCACAGCGGUUGAAGCCCCCCUGGGUGCCCAACCCCAACGUGGUGUACGCCAAAGACAUUGACCACUUCAACGACACUUCGGAAGUUGGUGACAUUGAACUAGAUGCCAAGGAUGAGAACUUCUUUAAGGAAUUCAGCACCGGUGCAGUCGCAGUCUCUUGGCAGAAGGAAAUGAUUGACAGUGGGUUGUUUGGGGAGCUCAACAAGCCAGAAAGGAACGGCCAUGACCGAGCGAUGCCAUGGAACUCAAAAACGUGUGUCAUUUUAUAA